AUGGGCGAACUCAACGGACUCGUAGGUGAUGUCGACAAGUGGUUGCGUGGCAAAUUUACCCCGAAAAAGCACACUGACUUCACUGACCAGGCCGGUGUCCUUCAACCGAAUGGGGUAAUUGAUUAUUGGGUCCACGUUACAGAUUCGUGGUACGUCAAGGGCAGUAAACUUCCUCAGCUAGCGAAAGUGAUUCUGUCAGUCGCAGUGAACACUGCGACAUGCGAGCGCUGCUUUAGCGAGCUGGGAUUGAUACAGACACCACGGCGAAAUAAGCUAAAGUUUGAUAAAGCUCGACUCAUCGGCAUCAUUCGAAAUGAGGUCCGCGAGCGCAAUCGUCGGGAAAGUAAUAUCGGCGAGUGUAGAAGACAGAAGAAGCCUGUUAACCCUGCAGAGAGACCAAAACAGCAGAUGCACGGAGUUUCCGAUCCUGUAACCUCGCUGUCCACUCUGGCUGACGUUACUGAUGUCGACUACAUGGAGACUGUUGAAGCAGUGGACUUCUGGUUGGACGCCAUCGUCGAUCUAGAAGACGAUGGAGAAAAUAUUGUGAAUAACGUCGGUGACGAUGAAUGCUAA